GGUCUCCCUGGUCCAAUAGGCCCAAUGGGUCCAGCAGGUCCCACUGGUGAAAAGGGUGAACCAGGUCCUCGAGGUCUAGUUGGUCCUCCUGGCUCCCGUGGAAACCCUGGUUCCCGAGGAGAAAAUGGCCCAACUGGAGCUGUUGGUUUUGCUGGUCCUCCGGGCCCUGAUGGUCAACCAGGUGUGAAAGGUGAACCUGGAGAACCUGGACAGAAAGGAGAUGCUGGAUCUCCAGGACCACAAGGUCUUGCUGGGUCUCCUGGUCCACCAGGCCCUCCAGGUGUUCCUGGUUUGAAAGGUGGUAGAGGAACUCAGGGUCCGCCUGGUGCUACUGGAUUCCCAGGAUCUGCUGGAAGAGUUGGGCCUCCAGGACCUACUGGAGCUCCAGGGCCUGCUGGGCCUAUUGGUGAGCCAGGAAAAGAAGGUCCCCCAGGUCUUCGUGGUGAUCCCGGUUCUCAUGGCCGUGUGGGAGAUCGAGGGCCAGCUGGGCCUCCUGGUGGUCCUGGAGACAAGGGUGAUGCAGGGGAAGAUGGGCAGCCGGGCCCAGAUGGCCCCCCUGGUCCAGCAGGAACUACUGGUCAAAGAGGUAUUGUUGGUAUGCCAGGACAGCGAGGGGAAAGAGGCAUGCCGGGGCUGCCAGGUCCUGCAGGUACACCAGGAAAACAAGGUCCUACGGGGCCACCUGGUGAUAAAGGUCCCCCAGGACCUAUUGGGCAGUCAGGUGCCACGGGACCUGUAGGUGAAGCUGGUCCAGAAGGACCUGCUGGUAAUGACGGUACUCCUGGACGAGAUGGAGCUGUUGGAGAACGUGGUGAUCGUGGUGAACCUGGCCCUGCAGGCUUACCAGGUUCCCAAGGGGGUCCAGGAACUCCAGGUCCUGUUGGCCCUCCAGGAGAUGCAGGUCAAAGAGGUGAAACUGGUUCUCGAGGUCCAAUGGGUCCCCCAGGUCGUGCAGGAAAAAGAGGUUUGCCUGGUCCCCAAGGGCCUCGUGGUGACAAAGGUGACAAUGGAGAUCGAGGUGAUAGGGGCCAGAAAGGACACAGAGGUUUCACUGGGCUUCAAGGUCUUCCUGGUCCUCCUGGUCCUAUUGGUGAACAGGGCAGUCCUGGCAUUCCAGGCCCAUUUGGUCCUCGAGGUCCUCCAGGUCCAGUCGGCCCUUCUGGCAAAGAUGGAAGUCCUGGUCCCCUUGGGCCAAUUGGGCCCCCUGGAGUUAGGGGAAGUGUAGGAGAAGCCGGACCUGAGGGUCCACCAGGUGAUCCUGGACCUCCAGGCCCUCCUGGCCCUCCAGGGCACCUCACUGCUGCCAUUGGUGACAUCAUGGGACACUAUGAUGAUGCCAUGGCAGAUCCGCUACCGGAGUUUACUGAAGAUGAAGCAGCCCCAGAUGGCCAUAAUAAAACAGACCCAGGGGUCCAUGCCACGCUGAAGUCACUGAGCAGCCAGAUUGAGACUAUGCGCAGCCCAGAUGGUUCAAAGAAACACCCAGCACGGACUUGCGAUGACCUGAAGCUGUGCCACCCAUCCAAGAAGAGUGGUGAAUAUUGGAUUGAUCCUAACCAGGGAUGUGUUGAAGAUGCUAUAAAAGUAUAUUGCAACAUGGAAACUGGAGAGACCUGUAUUUCUGCAAACCCAUCUACUAUACCACGUAAAACGUGGUGGGCCAGCAGGUCAUCUGAUGUAAAGCCUGUUUGGUAUGGCCUUGAUAUGAACAGGGGAUCACAGUUUGUGUAUGGGGAUACAGCUGUCACUCAGAUGACAUUUCUGCGCCUCCUGUCAAAGGAAGCUUCCCAGAAUAUCACCUACCUUUGUAAAAACAGUGUUGGGUACAUGGAUGACCAGACUAAGAAUCUGAAAAAAGCUGUAAUUCUGAAAGGGGCCAACGACCUGGAGAUCAAAGCAGAGGGAAACAGCCGAUUCAGAUACACUGUUCUGCAUGACAGCUGUUCGAAACGCAAUGGAAACGUGGGCAAGACCAUCUUUGAGUACAGAACACAGAAUGUGGCACGUUUACCUGUCAUAGAUAUUGCACCAGUGGACAUUGGCAGCACUGACCAGGAAUUUGGAGUUGAAAUUGGGCCAGUUUGCUUUGUGUAAGAGGAAGGAGGGAAAUUACCACACUACCCAGCAACAGCAGCAAUUAAACACAUGAACUUAGACUGAUUGAAAUUAAUCCUGAGACUCUUGAAGUAAUGGCUGAUAUUGGAUCAGCAUUGUAUAUACGGUUCUUUUUACAUGACCGGCCUUCUUUUGAAUAUUUAUUUUACUUACACACCUUCCUUUUUAAAUAAUUGAAACCAGCUUUUUAGUACAACAGUACGAUUUUAAGAGGAUUGAUGACCACCUUUUAAAAGUAAUAUGAAUCUUCUUCCUUGCUUUUGUUUCAAAGUAUUUCAAAAUUUACAGGUAUUCAAAAUAGUUUUAAUGUGGGACUAUGUAAAGCUCUAAGGAUUAUUCCUUUUGCUUGGAUGCAUACUGAAUAACAGAAAAGUAGAGCACUUUUGUGAACCAUUGGCUAUAUUUCAGUCAUACCUCCUCCCUC